GUUAAUGGAGACAGCAAAAGAAAUGACCAGGGAGUCCUUACCUAUCAAAUGCCUUGAAGCAGUUAUCCUGGGGAUAUACUUAACGAACGGGCAGCCCUCCGUGGAACGAUUCCCCAUCAGCUUUAAAACCCACUUCUCAGGGAACUAUUUUCAUCAUGUGGUGCUUGGGAUUUACUGCAACGGCCGAUACGGCUCGCUGGGCAUGAGCAGACGAUCAGAUCUGAUGGACAAACCUCUAACUUACCGAACUCUGAGCGACCUCAUCUUUGAAUUUGAAGACUCCUAUAAAAAGUACUUGCAUUCAGUCAAAAAAGUAAAAAUCGGAUUAUACGUCCCACAUGAGCCGCACAGCUUUCAGCCCAUCGAGUGGAAACAGCUGGUCCUCAAUGUAUCCAAAAUGAUGCGCACAGAAGUCAGGAAGGAGCUGGAGAAGUUUGCCAGGGAUAUGAGGAUGAAGAUUCUGAAACCCUCAAGUACCCAUUCUCCAAUGAAAGAGAGAUCACGGGGUAAGUCGUUGUCCCCUCGCCGAAGGCAAGCCAGCCCUCAGAGACGCGCAUGCAGAAGAGACAAAUCGCCUGCAGUGGUGGACAAGAAAGGAGACCUGGCUACACUCAACGAGGUGGGCUACCAGCUCCGCAUCUAACAAAGCCAUACGCCGGACAGAGGGCUUACCAGGUGCUUCCCACUGCACUUUACCCGCACUCCAUUGGAAGGAAAAAGGAAUGGG